AUGGCCUCCUUCCAUGGUAACAUUUUUGCUUCUUCCACUUCUCCAUCUCCCACAAAUAGUUCCCAAGAAUUUGGAAGAACCAGCAGUAGUGCUGUCAAUAUGGCUGAAAUUCAGGUCAAACACAAUGAGAGAUGUGAGGAACUAAGGCGAAUUCUGGGUGAACUUGUUGAUGAACCAUUAGAAUGUAUGAUGCUGAUUGAUGCACUGCAACGCCUCUGCAUCGAUUACCACUUUGAAGAUGAGAUCAAAAUAUUCUUAGACAAACUUUAUUAUGGAAGCAGCUUUAAAUCUACUGAUGAUAAAUCUACUGAUGACAAAGUGGAAUUGCAUGAAAUCGCGCUGCAUUUUCGACUGCUGAGGCAAGCUGGUUAUUUUGUUCUUACAGAUGUUUUUGAGAGCUUCAAGGACAAGGAGGGAGAGUUCAAACAAGAAUUGAGUGAAGACAUAAGAGGACUGAUGAGUUUAUUUGAAGCUUCACACCUUGGAAUGGAAGGUGAAGAUGAAGACACACUACUUGAUCAAGCCAACUACUUCUCUCACAACCACCUUACUGCUGCUAAGAUGAGUACUACUACUACUACUACUCUGGAAUUAGAACCUGGACUUGCCAGAGCUGUGGGUGAUACCUUGAAGCAUCCCUUUCACAAGAACCUUGCUAGAUUCAAGGCCAGACACUACUACUACGACCUCAUUAGUAGUACUCAUGGCACAUAUGGAUGGGUCAGUCUUGUACAGAAAUUUGCAAGGAUGGAUUUUAACAUGCUUCAAUUCUUAUAUCACCAAGAACUCCUUCAGAUUUUUAAGUGGUGGGAAGAGCUGGGUCUAUCACAAGAGUUGAAGUUUGCUAGAGACCAACCACUAAAAUGGUAUUUGUGGUCCAUCACAGCUCUCCCAGAACCAAAGCACUCCCAGCUAAGAUUGGAGCUCACAAAACCCAUCUCACUUGUCUAUAUAAUUGAUGACAUUUUCGACGUUUAUGGGACACUCGAUGAACUCAUUCUCUUCACUGAAGCAGUAAACAAAUGGGAGACUACCACCAUCAAGGAACUGCCAGAAUACAUGAAGAUUUGUUUCAAAGCUCUUGACAGCAUCACCAAUGAAAUAAGUGAUAAAGUCCUUAAAGAACAUGGGUGGAACCCCAUCACCACCCUGCAGAAAGCGUGGGCAAGCCUUUGUGAUGCAUUUCUAAUUGAAGCCAAAUGGUUUGGGUCUAAGCUGGUGCCUAAGUCAAAGGAGUACCUGGAGAAUGGAGUAAUAAGUUCAGGAGUGCCUCUGGUUUUAGCUCAUUUGUUCUUUCUACUGGGCCAAGGUCUAACCCAGGAGAGUGUACUAUAUUGUGUGGAACACAACCCACCACUCAUAUCUUGCACAGCAACAAUUCUUCGUCUAUGGGAUGACUUGGGAAGUGCCAAGGAUGAGAAGCAAGAAGGACACGAUGGAUCUUAUAUAGAAUGUUACAUGAAAGAACAAGAGGGGGGUUCUUCAAUUGGAAGUGCAAAAGAUCAUGUGUUUGGAAUGAUUUCAGAUUCUUGGAAGCAACUCAAUAGAGAAUGCAUUUCAAAAAACCAUUUCUCACCCUCCUUCAAAAGGGCCUCACUUAAUAUUGCGAGGAUGGUUCCUUUGAUGUACAGUUACAAUGACAAUCAAAACCAUUCAAUCCUUGAGGAGUAUAUCAACUCACUGCUCAGCGAAAGUGUUCCUUUCUAAU